GAAUGGAGGGUAAGCCUCUUGUACAGCAAUUGGGUCGUUGGGCUUGCAGUUUCUAUUUCUCUCUCUCUUUAUUUAUUUUUUUUUAAAGUAAUUCAUCUUCAUUGCGUUUUACAAAAGGAUUAGUUCAAGAUGGAUUGAGGACCAAAAUAACAAUAACAACAAUAAUUUCUUGGCUGGAAGCAUUUGCCUCCUAGAGUUACAGCUCACUCAGCCACAUGACUGUCAGGGCUGCCUGCCUGCUCCAAUUCCCUCCCACUUCCUCCCGUCAGAGGCCCCGAGAUGGUCUUAAAGACCUCAGGAACCCCAUUUUAUUCUCCAGCCCUGAUAGGAAGAUGACUCUCCUUCUGGGCGUUAGCCUUUUGCUUUUCUACCGAGGUGUACUGUGUGACCAUGUGACCCAGAGCCCCCCGUACCAGACAGUGGCAAGCGGCAGUAAGGUGACACUGUUCUGCACUUACCACACAACAUACUCAAACCCGGAUUUAUACUGGUACCGAAUAAGGCCAGAUCGUUCCUUUCAGUUUAUCCUCUACAGGGAUAACACUCGAUCCAAAGAUGCAGAUUUUACUCAGGGUCGUUUUUGGGUGUGGCACAGUCAGUCCCAGAAAACCUUCCACUUGGUGAUCUCGGUGGAGCCUGAAGACAGUGCCACAUACUACUGCGCCAUCUAUCCCCACAGUGUCGCAGGUGCCCAGGAGGUCUGAACAUAAACCCCCAGAACAGCCUGGUGUAGCUCCCUGGGAUCCUUCUUCUCAGCUAUUUUGUGUUCCAGCCUGGCCUUUGGAGGUGCCCUGACAUGUCUGCUGAAUAAUACAAGGGCAGCUCACAUCCAGGAGAGCACCCUGGCUUCAGAUGGAGCAGAGCACCUCCCUACCUUCUGACUCAGUGGGCCGUUGUGGUGGGAGAGUGGGAGAGGUAUGUCUGGGGAAUUCUCAUCUUCGUGUCCCCAGUGCCCAGGUCACUCACGCCUGAUACGGGGGCCUGUUGCGUAUGUACUCUGAGGACUGUGAAGAUACCAGAAUGGCCAAGGUACCAUUCGGGAGUGUUUUUAUUUUAGUCUCCAUCAUUUAUCCAUUAUUGUGAAUUGGUCUGUUUUCCUUUUAAGAUUCAAAGUAGACACAAAGUUACUUACCUCAAAAUUUCCCCCCAGUUCACCUUUUCCCUGCUUCUUCUUGCACAGCCACCUUAUUUUUCUUGAAUGCUCUUUGACACUGCCAUUUCACUUACUUUAUUUGGAGAACAUUUUUCUUCCACGGAGGAGCAUUGAGAUACUCCGAAAAAGCUGUUGGUGAUCCCUAGAACCCCGGCAUCAAGUCCCUGCGUUUGGAGCUCUUUGGUGUCUCCAAGGAAGAUGAUCAUCUCCAGGAGAAUCCAACUGUGUGAUGUCAAAAUAAAUAUACCCUGAGCCCUGGGAA